AUGAAGGUAGAAUUAAAUAACCGAGCUAAUAUUAAAAAUAAUGAAAUAAAAAAAACGCCUUUAAAAAAAAUUCAAGUGAGAAGAAGUAUUAAAGAUAUAUUAGUAAAUGAUAACCCAUGUAUACAUAUAUACAAUUAUACAGGGAAAGAAAUAAAUGUAUUCCCUAAAAAUGUGAUAGAAUCAAAGGGGAAGAAUAAGAAUAAUGCAGGUUUGUUUAUUGAUAAAAUAGAAUACAAUAUAAAAAAUGAUAAUGAUGAAAAAUGCAUUGAAGAAAGUUCAGUGAAUUGUUUAACAAAUUUGAAAAGGAUGGACAGCCAGGAAAAUAAAUUGUUAAAUGAAUUAAAUGAAUUGUUAAGCAAAAAAAAUUUAACAGAUGAAAUGAAAAAUAAUAUUAAAUCUCUUUUUAUAGAAAUUCAAGAAAUAUAUUUAGAAGUAAAAACAGAUUUAGAAAACAAUUAUCCUUCUGCACAAGAUAUACUAAAAAUAUAUAAUACCAAUGAAGAUAGCGAUGAAGAUAAAAAUAAAGAUAAAGACUAUACAUGGAGAUCUCUUUGUUUUUAUAAACUAUUAAACGAUCAACUAAGUGACAUACACAUAUCUACUAUAACUUCAUAUAGGUUAGAAUAUUUAAAAACAAUAUAUAAAUGGUAUACUAAAAAUAAAAAAAUUAUAUUUAAAGGUAAAAAACAAAAUAAAACUAUCCAUGAAAUGUGUAUAACUAAAUGUAGUAAAAAUUGCACCGUUGAAUGCAAAAGAGAGCAUAUAGAAAAGGAAGAAGAAAAAGAAGAUGAGAUGAAUGUUUUAAACUCCAUUGAUACUGAAAAAAAAGGAGACAUGAAUAAUAAAAUGACAAAAGAAAAUUGUGAAUGUGAAAAAAUGGAAUGUCCAACUAAGAUACUGAAUAAUGAAAUGAAUAAAAUUCGAGAAAAUAAUUUAUCAAAUUUAGAAUUAAAUGUGUUAAAAGUUGAUGAAUCAAAUGAUGUUUUAGAAAAUUAUAUAUUCCCAAAUGAAAUAUUAAAAAAAAAUCAAGUUAAAGAAAAUAAAAAAAAAGAAAGUUGUAUAGACAGAGAAGAAGAAGGUAAAUCAGGGCAAAAUGAAAUAUCACCAAAAUGCCAAACAAAUACAAUAAAUGAUGAAAUAGAAAGUCAAAAAACUGAUAGUUUCUUGACAAAUGGUACUUUUUAUUAUUUAAAUUUGAAUAAUAUUAUAAUUGAAGAAAAUCAUUUUUCCAAUAAACCUAAAGAUAUAGAUAAAAUAAUCGAACUAGAAGAAGAAAUUAAAAAACAAAAAUUAUUAAUAAAAAAUAAAGAGACAGAAAUAACUAACUCUCUUAUAGGAAUUAAAUUUAAAGAUAUUUUUGGAAAAUUUGAAGAUUUAGAUUCAGGAAGGUAA